UCACUCACACUUCUAAAUGGCCCCUGCAUUGAUACGUGACGCUUUCAUAGGCGACGUCCUCUAUCAUGUAUCGGGUCACCGUCUCUUCCAGCAUCCAGAGGACCGCUCGGGCUUCACCAUCCCUACGCCACCAAGAUCUGUCAAAAGCACUGCGAGCAGGUCAUCUUCUCAUUCGAACCUCGAUACAUUCACUGUCAUCGAACGCCCUGACGACGAAGAAUCCCGGUUACCUCGCGUCGACUCUGACCAGGUAACAAUAACUGUGCCAGAGGCAUCAGAAGAGCAGAGGACAAUGCAGUGGAAGGCUCCGGAGGUCGAAGAAGGCGAUCUCGCGAAGGAAAAGGAAAAAUCGUCGGUGAUGCAAGAAAUCGCCGAGUCCCGCAUUGUAGAGUGGUACGGACCAAACGAUUCAGAGAACCCUCAGAAUUGGUCGCUCGCCAAGAAAUCCUUCGUCACCUUCCAGGUCUGCCUGCUCACCUUCAGCGUGUACAUCGGCUCCGCGAUCUACUCUCCAGGCAUCGACGAGAUUGCCGCCCAGUUUGGCGUCUCGCCCGUCGCCGCGACGCUCGGCCUCACGCUCUUCGUCGUCGGUUACGGCAUCGGCCCGAUGUUCCUCAGCCCGCUCUCGGAGCUGCCACAGAUCGGGCGCACGACGGUCUACAUCCUCUCGCUCGCGCUCUUCGUCGUGCUCCAGGUGCCGACGGCGCUCGCGAAGAACCUCGGCGCGCUGCUCCCCCUGCGCUUCGUCGCCGGCUUCGCGGGCUCGCCCGCACUCGCGACCGGCGGCGCGAGCCUCAGCGACGUGUGGGCACCCGAACACCGCGCCGUCGUCAUCGGCCUCUGGAGCGUCGCGGGCAUCAGCGGGCCCGUGCUCGGGCCACUGCUCGGCGGCUUCGCGACGCAGGGCGAGGACUGGACGUGGACGAUCUGGAUCUUGCUCUGGAUGAGCGGCGCGACGCUCGUCUUCCUGACGCUCUUUUUCCCGGAGACGUCGGCCUCGGCAUUGCUGUACCGCCGUGCGGCACGCCUUCGCCGCGUCACCGAAGACAGUCGGCUCAAGUCUGAGGGCGAGAUCGAGGUGGAGCACAUGACGGUCGGCGACAUCGCGAUGAUGCAUCUCGUGCGGCCGUUCAUCCUGAUGUUCGUUGAGCCGAUCGUCGCCUUCUGGAACAUCUACAUUGCCCUCGUCUAUGGCAUCCUCUACAUCUUCAUCGAGUCGUUCAGGGUUGUCUUUGUAGAGAAACAUGGCUUCAAUCUUGGGGAGAAUGGACUGGCGUUCCUCGGCAUAUUCGCCGGCACGAUCAUUACAUUCGCCUUCUUCGCCCCUUACGCUCUCAGGGUCCUGAAGCCCAAGUUCGUCGACAACACCUUCGUCCCAGAGAUGCGCCUGCCCAUCGCCUUCGUCGGCUCGGUGCUGCUCCCCAUAUCCAUGUUCUGGUUCGGCUGGACGAGCUCCGCAAGCGUGCACUGGAUCGUGCCGAUCAUCGCCUCCGCGUUCUUCUCCGCGGGGACGUACAUGCUCUUCCAGGCGGGCCUGAACUACCUCGCGGACUGCUACCCGCGCUACGUCGCGUCGGUGCUCGCGGGGAACGACUUCUUCCGGUCGAUGGUCGGCGCCGCGUUCCCGCUCUUCAGCACCGCGUUCUUCCAUAACCUCGGCGUCGGCCCCGCGUGCAGCAUCCUCGGCGGCGUCGCGGUGCUGAUGCUGCCGAUCCCGUGGAUAUUGCAUCGCUAUGGCGCGCGCAUUCGCUCGUGGAGCAAGUACGCCAACUAGAUAUCUCUGACGAUGGCAAGAUGCAUUGUAUUAAUUUAACUUUCGUGCACCUGCCACUGCACUCUACAAAACUCUCGUAUCACGACCUACAUGACUCACGCGCUAUAUUCACAUAGACACCACUGUAUCGAUACUGAAGUCACCGCACUUACUAGACUUACUUAUACCGGUUUUUAUGUCCUUAGGGACUCGUAGCUGUACAAAAUUAUACCAUGCGAUAGAGCAUAAUAAUAGACUAGACUUUGUGUUUUCGGCUCCAGAAUCAAGUAAGAUUUGUGG